GCGCCUCACCGCCUCAUCUUCCCCGGCAGAGGGCGCUGUGCCUACUGCAGCAGCAGCAGCAGCAGCAGCAGCGGGAGGAGGAGGAGGUGGAGGUGGGAAGCAGAAGCUUGCCCUGUUUAUUCCCAUCCAUCCUCAUCAGCGCACACAGGGAUGGACCUGUCUCCGGGGGACCCUCAGGCUUCCUUCCCACCACCCUCCUCGGAUUGAACAGGUAUUGGGCUUGCCCCCCAGGUGUCAUUGGGACCAUGCACCGGGCUCCCUGCAGCCUGUGACAGGGAAAUCAGAGAAAGCCGAGGAAGCAGCUGGAAGAGGAGGAGGAGGAGGAGGAGGAGAAGAAGAAGCGGAUUCUCUGGUUGCUAAGUGUCAGCGAGAAAACAGCCAUGGCUCAGUCCUCGGAUGCAAGUGUUGUUGGAGUUCCAGAUCCCGAGGACAACACUCCAAACAUGAUUGUCUACAGAAAAAUUGAAGAUAUCAUCACCAGGAUGCAGGAUGAUAAAGCCGGCGGGGUCCCUAUUCGAACUGUCAAAAGCUUUCUGUCUAAAAUCCCCAGUGUGGUUACAGGAGCUGACAUUGUCCAGUGGCUGAUUAAGAACCUCAACAUUGAAGACCCAGUUGAAGCAAUACAUUUAGGAAGCCUUAUAGCAGCCCAAGGUUACAUCUUCCCGAUAUCAGAUCACGUUCUCACAUUGAAGGAUGAUGGGACCUUCUACCGUUUUCAGGCUCCAUAUUUCUGGCCUUCAAACUGCUGGGAACCAGAAAACACAGACUAUGCUAUCUAUCUAUGCAAGAGGACCAUGCAGAACAAAGCAAGACUGGAGCUAGCAGAUUAUGAAGCCGAAAAUUUAGCAAGACUGCAGCGGGCUUUUGCAAGAAAAUGGGAAUUUAUAUUUAUGCAAGCAGAGGCACAAGUCAAAAUUGACAGAAAAAAGGAUAAAACCGAAAGGAAAAUACUGGACAGCCAAGAGAGGGGUUUCUGGGAUGUGCACCGACCAGUGCCUGGAUGUGUGAACACAACGGAAAUGGAUAUAAGAAAAUGCCGCAGAAUGAAGAACCCCCAAAAGGUCAAAAAGUCAGUAUAUGGCGUGUCAGAGGACUCUCAGUCACAGAGCCCAGUUCAUAUGGCUUCCCAUGUCAUUAGGAAAACGACAAAAGAUGACUUGCGAAAACAGAUUCAUUUUCUGAAUGUUCAGAUAGAUCGACAUUGUUUAAAAAUGUCCAAAGUAGCUGACAGCUUUAUUGCUUAUUCCGAACAAUAUACAGAGUACGAUCCUUUCCUGACCCCAGCCGACCCUUCUAAUCCUUGGAUAAGUGAUGACUCAACUUUCUGGGAUUUAGAAAUAAGCAAAGAGCCAUCCCAGCAGCGUGUUAAGAGGUGGGGCUUCUCCCUGGGCGAAGUUCUUAAGGACCCAGUAGGACGAGAGCAAUUCCUUCGCUUUCUGGAGUCAGAGUUCAGUUCUGAAAACCUCAGGUUUUGGCUGGUCGUCCAAGAUCUCAAGAGACAACCUUUGCAAGAAGUCCCGAAAAGGGUAGAGGAAAUAUGGCAAGAGUUUCUGGCCCCUGGGGCACAAAGUGCCAUCAAUUUAGACUCUCAUAGUUUUGAGAGGACAAGUCAAAACGUGAAAGAUCCAGGGAGGUACACAUUUGAAGAUGCACAGGAGCACAUCUACAAGCUCAUGAAGAGUGAUAGUUAUGCACGGUUCCUGCGGUCUAACGCUUACCAGGACUUGUUGAUGAUGAAGAAGAAGACUGAGACUGAGCAAGGUCGUAGAACCUCCCUAGAAAAGUUCACUCGCAGUGUGGGGAAGUCUUUGACAUCUAAACGGCUCACUGGCCUCAUGCAAUCUUCCUGACAACCCCGGACAGAGUAACUGUCACUAAGCACCUAACGCCCUCCAGAACAGGAACGGUUUUAGGCAAGAAAAUGGGUCACUGUGAAAGCAAAAAUAUCAAAAUAAAAAUUGAAGAAGAAAAUGAUAUCGUCCUCAGAUGUUUAUUUGUCCCCCAGUUACAUCAACAAUUUCUGCUUGAGCAGCUUUCCGAUGACCCUGAGUUGCCAAGUACUUUUAUUUUCUUUUGUGUUUUAGAUUGAUAUGUGGAAUCACACAGUGCGGUAACAGGACAGGAGGGUCAGAAAAUGAGGCUGUUUUUAGACUAAAUGAGCAAUAAGAGGAGACAAGACCGAGAUUGACGUGAAACUUUCCACCUCUACUCUCCUCAGCAUCUCGCUGCAACUGAUACUUUCACCACCAAGAGAACUACCUUUGCAUCAGUUCAAACAAAACAUAUGAAACUGCUAAUUCUUAUAACAUUAAUGAGUCUGUUUAUCCGGGAUUUCUGGACUGCAGACAUAUGACUUUAUUUUAUGUGUGUGUGUCGAAGAGACAAUUGAAAACAUUUACUCUGCAUAGUCUAUCCUUCCAAGCGCAUGAUGCUGCUCCAAAGAUAGCGUGACAAGUCAAGGUUAAACACAAGGUUGUUGGGAAAACGUAUAUAGCAAGUCAUGUUGAUUUAUUUCUCUUUUCUAAUCUUUUUCUUUUUUGCCACUGCAAUGCAUUUCAAGUAAAAUCUGCACAUUCGUUCACAGUAUACGUCCCUUUUUCUUCCCCCCGUAGCUCAUGAUCAGACACAAGCAAGAACUUUUGUUAUUGUUCCCCCGAAGAAUCAGACGUUCUGAAGAAUCAUUCCAACUUUGUAUUGCACAGAUCAAGAAAUUAUCGGCGGAGAUCUAUUUAUUAUAGACAAACUGGGAAUCACUUUAGUUAUAAUCUAGUAGGGGUGCAAGAUACUUCCAAAUGUAGUUGGAUGUAAAAGAAAUGAAGUAGUAAAGCGUAGAGGAAAUAAAAUACAACAAAAUACAAUCAGUUGGUCACAUGUAGGCCAUUUUGGAACUGUUGCAUUGUCAUUAUUAAAUGGUGAUGGUUUUGUGGGUA